AUGGAAGUGUGUGGCGCUUCGAUGGGCACGGACUCCAAACGCUCCGCGACCGAGCCGCUGGCGUGCACGCCCGCCUGCAAAAUAGCCCAGCGCAAUGCCCGCUUCGCGAGCGCGCUAGGUCUUGACUCGAAGCUCACACAAGCCACCUCAGCUUCUGUGACCUAUGCGCCAUCCCUGGUACAGUAUGUGGGCGAAGAUACUCGCGGAGCCAAGGCCGUGCAAGAUGUGCUGAAUGAUUUUGUACAGUCGCCGCGCGCUGCUGCGCAACUUCGGGCGAUGCUCACCUCGUACAGUUUACGCCGUGGUUGUGAACCUGUGCGUGUCCAUGGCGCGCUCCUUACGUUUGCCGAGCAGUUGGCCACUGCCUACCAACUGGACGUGGAAAAAUGCACGCCCGAAGGUCUGCAGCGGAUCGGUCCUACGCCUCCGAAUGGCCGCGAUGCCGAUAUACGUGUGCGACGUACACGUACUACUCGUCUUCCUGCGGUCUUACUCACCGACUAUGUGUUGACGGCCCCUACGCGUGCGUCUGUACCUCCCUCGACCGCGCCCAAACCUGCGGCUUCGACAGCUGCCAUGCCGCGGGCGAAUGCGCUCGUGUUGGAGAUGCUGCCCGCUUCGUUGCGAGACGAGCCAGCGGUCCUGCAAACGGCGCUUGCACCGUGCUUGCAAAAUGGCCGUCGGUCUUGGCACAUUCAGCCCUCAUCGGCAUGGGUCCUGCUUACGCAGAUCCAGUUGGAGCCGUUGAGUCUGGCAGCCAUUGCCAGCCGUCCGAUCCCAUCGGGUACGGAGCGAUUCUUGCCGAUGGAGCGCCGCUUGGUCUGGCUAGCGCAGGAUGUGCAAGCGGCGUUGAUGGCCGCCGGGGCCUCUACAACCACGGUCCGGCUGGGCCAUGUCGAGGCUGGCCAACUCACGUCUAUGUGGCAUGACGGCCGCUGGUCCACGCCUCGUCCGCCACCCACUCCUACGAACAUGCCUACCAACUCCAACGAUCACGAUUUGGCUACGACAACCUCAUCAGCUCUGCAUCUUUAG